CCCAGUGGUGCUGCUGGGAAGGAUGGUUUUAUAAACGAGGAGUAAAGAAGCCCUGAGAAGAGAGAUCCAGAGGGGGAGAGGGUUUCCCCUGGGGGAGGGGAGGGGAGGGGGGCUGGAAUUUAAUGUUGCAUUUUGUAUCCCUCUCCACCUGAGAGAGAGGCACGCACACCAACCACCAGGAAGAGGAGAAGGCGAAAGGAAGAAAGGAGGAGAGGUGAUCAGAGGGAGAGAGAGAGACCAUGUCAGGGCGGCCCAGAACCACCUCCUUUGCAGAGAGCUGCAAACCAGUGCAGCAGCCUUCAGCAUUUGGCAGCAUGAAAGUUAGCAGAGAUAAAGAUGGCAGCAAAGUGACUACGGUGGUGGCAACUCCUGGACAGGGUCCGGAUCGACCACAAGAAGUUAGCUAUACAGACACCAAAGUGAUUGGAAACGGAUCUUUUGGUGUUGUGUAUCAAGCCAAACUCUGCGAUUCAGGAGAGCUUGUGGCCAUUAAGAAAGUUCUUCAGGACAAAAGAUUUAAGAACCGAGAGCUCCAGAUCAUGAGAAAGUUGGAUCACUGUAACAUUGUCCGAUUGCGAUACUUCUUCUACUCUAGCGGAGAGAAGAAAGACGAGGUGUACCUCAACUUGGUGCUGGACUACGUUCCUGAAACAGUAUACAGAGUUGCCAGACAUUAUAGUCGGGCCAAACAGACACUCCCUAUGAUCUAUGUCAAGUUGUACAUGUAUCAGCUGUUCCGGAGUUUAGCCUAUAUCCAUUCCUUUGGAAUCUGCCAUCGGGAUAUAAAACCACAGAACCUCUUGCUGGACCCUGAUACAGCUGUCCUAAAACUCUGUGACUUUGGAAGUGCAAAGCAGCUGGUUCGCGGAGAGCCUAAUGUCUCUUACAUCUGCUCUCGGUACUACAGGGCACCAGAGUUGAUCUUUGGAGCCACCGAUUAUACCUCCAGUAUAGAUGUGUGGUCAGCAGGCUGUGUAUUGGCUGAACUGUUACUUGGACAACCAAUCUUUCCAGGCGACAGUGGUGUGGAUCAGUUGGUGGAAAUAAUCAAGGUCCUGGGAACGCCUACAAGGGAACAAAUUAGAGAAAUGAAUCCAAACUACACUGAAUUCAAAUUCCCUCAGAUUAAGGCACAUCCAUGGACUAAGGACUCGUCAGGAACAGGACAUUUCACCUCAGGAGUGCGGGUCUUCCGACCCCGCACUCCACCAGAAGCAAUCGCACUAUGUAGCCGUCUGCUGGAGUACACCCCCACUGCCCGCCUGACUCCCCUGGAAGCAUGUGCGCACUCUUUCUUCGAUGAACUACGGGACCCAAAUGUCAAACUACCCAAUGGGCGAGAGAAACCUGCACUCUUCAACUUCACCACUCAAGAACUGUCAAGUAACCCAUCUUUGGCUUCGAUCCUCAUCCCUGCUCAUGCUCGGAAUCAAGCAGCUGCUUCAACCCCUACAAAUGCUACAGCAGCCUCAGAUGUUAAUGCAGGAGAGCGAGGUCAGACCAAUAACGCAGCUUCAGCAUCAGCCUCCAACUCCACCUGAAGUGGUCCCACGCAAGCCAGCUGCACAGGAAAAAUCACCAGUAAUUUGAGUCUUGCUCAGCAACACUGGUCACAUUUGGAAAGAAAAUUAAAAAGAGGAAAAAAACAAAACAAAACAAAACCCUGUUCAUUUUAGUGUUCAAUUUUUUUAUUAUUAUUAUUGUUCUUAUUUAACCUUGUAAAAUAUCUAUAAAUACAAACCAGUUUCAUUGUAUUCUCACUCUGCGGGGUCUCCAGGGCAAGGGAAUAGGUGGGGGGGAGAAGGGAAAGUGGAGCAAUAGAACACAUCAAUGUCUCUUCCCUUGACAAUCUCUUCGUAUGGAAAGUUUGCUGUUGUGUACUUCAGAACCAGGACUCUUGCCUCAUGCCCCCUCCCACAACAGAAAGAAGGAAAAAAACCUCAUUCUCUGCUGAUGUUUUUUUUUUUUUUUUUUUUUAUAACCUCUUUUUUUAUUUUCUUUUUAAGUGAAGUUUCAGACUUUGGUGUAGUGCACAGCUUGAAUUUGGUUGGGAGCUUAGCCGGGAUCAUUCAACAGAGCUAAGUGUUUCUUGUAAGUGAAUCCAUAUCUAGGCUAUCAGAAGAACUGCCUUUGGCAUGGUCUGGGAGGUGGGGAGGUGAUAGGACAAUAGGUAGCCCAGGGGGCGGGGGGUGCUUACUGUAUGUCUAAACUUGGAACUGCUAGUGGAAGACUUAUUUUAAAAAUUAGCGCUAGCAAUAGAGAAACCUGCAGCUUCAAUAUGGAAAAAAAGUCUAUCAAGUGGGAUAUAUAUAUUUAUAAUAUAUACACACAUGCAUGUCAAACACACCUGGUUAGCUUUAUUGAAGCAGCUUGUUUGCCUAGUCUGAGCUCCUCCACCAAGCCUUGGACUUUUUUGUUUUUAAAAGAGCCAUGUAGUGCAAGAGAAUGGCCAGUCAGCUCUAAUCUCCAGCAGAGAGAAGAUGAUGAAUGGAAUCCCACAGGAGGAGGGGGCAGGCGGAGUUAUGGGGCCUUUUGGAAAGUGGCCACUGUGAAAGCAUUUUUCAGUUUUUCGCUCUGAACGGGAUGCCCUUUCCCGAGAUGCACGCAGGAAAAGGACAUCAGGGUUUAUAAUGUGAACUGUAACAAUCUACUGGUUUAUUUGUAAUAUUUUUUUACUGCAGUUUGAGCUUGCAGAUUGCCACGCUCUAUAGAUCUAAUUUUAAAUCCACAGCUAGAAUCUGUAUUUAAUUUCAUCAUUUUAACCUCCUGCUUUUUUAUCUUUAUUUAUUGAUGCAUGUGGAGUUGCCAUUAUAAUGUUUUUACAUUGGUAGAAUACACAUCAAAGUGAUAUCAACAGUAACUUGUACCUGCUGACUUGAGGGGAAGCUGACUACAUAAGUGUGUGUAUAUAAUAUAAAUAGAUAUGUGUAUAACAU